CUUUCUCAACUCUGCUGUAUCUUCCUGCACAGCGAGCGCGAGUGACAGUCCUCCUAAUCCACAAACACACCACAAACACCGCGUUCGUUGACUCGACUCAGUGAGUUUCCCGUCCAUUAUCACACAUCCCUUGUCAUCUUGUCAUCACCUCUGCAGGUUGUUGUUGGAGGUAUUAGCACAGCCGCCUCCAUUUCCUACAACAUAACAUCUCUCUGUUUCUCUUGAACUAUGACAAGGUCUUCCUCCUGUACCUGCCGACAAGUAGCGGUGGAAACGGCACCGGCCACCGUUCCUCUGGUCAAGACUACGGCUCACUGUAUGGAUGAUGACAGCAGCCAUGGCGACGAUGCCCUGGAUGAUAGCUUUGGCCGAAGCUUUCGACGAAGAAACAGUGGUGGGGAAAGCCUCAUCGCUGUGACUGCCGAAGCAGUUCCAUCUGACCAGAUUGGUGAAGCAGAAGGCAACCUCCCCGCCGUCAAGCUCUCUCAUGAUGCGGUUGUGGCGCUUCCACUCUGUCAACAGCAACAGCCGCCGCAGCAGGCAGAUCACGCCCUUCCCAUCAUCGUCGACGCUGCUGCCUCCCUCCCCGAAGUAGUGGCCACUCUAGUGGAAACAGUUGAAUCUUGCUGCAUGUACGAGGACGACAAGAAUGGUUGGAAGCGUCCCGAGUUCCUCAGUGCUACCAUCGUGCGCCACUCAAUCCACGAAAAGUUUGGAGUCACCUUUACGGUCGACAAGGAUGCGCCCACCGAAGGCAAGAAGACUACUUUCUCUAGGUUUCGGCGACGAAAGAGCCACAAACAAGAACCGCGGCACAAUCGAUUGCCGCAAAUCUCCGACCUCCAUGACCAGGGUCUUCUUUCGCAAGCACCCUUUUGUGUAGGAGACUUGCUCGUCUCCAUCAACAUGCACUCGUGUCGCGGCAUGUUUCCCGAAGAACUCACAGAACUGCUCUCCAACCUCACUGGGAAAAUCACCAUUGUCGUUCGACAUCCCGGCGGUGAUUCGAGUCUCGUCGAAUCGUUCUUGCGUAAACCCAACCCUGCUGCCAAGACGGGCGUGGGCUUGAUGUACAACCCUCGUCAGAACCGCCUCAAGGUCAAACAAGUACACGGCGAAGGACUCCUCGCCAAUGGUCUCUUGCAGGUCGAGGAUCGUAUCGUGGCCAUCAACCACAUUCCCUGUCAACACUGGGAUGCCAGAGAAGCGGUCGAACAGAUUGCUCGUUCCCCUCUAUGGGUCAGUAUCGUGGCUCGAAGACAUCGAGACUUCGGCUUGGUCUUGACCGUACAAGACGAAGGAGAAGCACCCAAGAAGCGGUCUGUCACCAAAAGAGACAGUAAGAGUCAUGAUUCCCGUCUCCAGCUGCGUCUCCUGCCAAGCAGCAGAGCACAUCAGAGCCACGAUCCUCGGCCGAACUUGCGGAUACCGGCAUUGACCCGUCGUCGUCAAGAACAAGAACGACCAACUCGUUUGACCCUCCCCCAACCAUCUGUUUCCUGCUGGGUGUAAGAAUUUUCUUUCUCUUGCGUGAUCUCCAGCAAAACGCCAUCCAAACCAUCCCAGUUUUGGUUCCUUUGAUUCAUUCCAUCUCCUACAUCUCUUUUGUCCUUCCUUUUGGUCCAGUUUUGAAUUGUAACCGCGCCGUCCUUUUCCCUGCAGCCCCAUCUUUGUCUGCUGCUUUUGAUCGGCGAGAACACAGAGUUCCUUUGAUCUGAUGCGGUACCACACCUCUCUUGGGUUUUUUCUUCACUCAUUUUAGUCUGCAUCACACAACUUUUUAAAAAUUUUGAAUUCAUUAUUAGCUUCUUAUUACACACUUCCAAA